AAGAAUCGAAAGCGUUCUCGAAGGUUUUAGCUCUCGAUUUAAGUUUCAUGUGGGCUUGGUUUUUUCCAAAAUGCCUGUUAUCUUUGACCGAAAAGAGACAGAUAAACCUAGUCUACUGCUUAUAAGUGAAGACGAAGCUAAAAGAAGUAUUGUGGUCUCCAACAUCCCGCCGAACAUCUCAGCUGAAUCAGUCCUUAUACAUUUCCAGAAGAAAGGAAAUGGUGGAGGAGAAAUCGAACGAAUACACGUUUCUAAGGCAGGAACAGCCGUGAUUACUUUCGAAGGAAGUGAAGUCAUGGCAACAGUCUUGAAGAAGUCCCACACACUUGAGAAAUCAUCACCUCAAUUAAAAGUUUGUGGAUUAGUUCCAGAUCAUCCUGUGGAGGUUUUUCAGAAAGUUAUGGCUCGUAUUGACUCCAGUAAGUUCAAUACUUUUUUCGAGACAUCGCGCAACGCACUGAAAGACAUGAAGGAUGAGGCAAACGUCGAAAGCAUUGGCAGCCCUUUUUCUAAUGAACAUAUUCUCGGUGGAACGUUCGACCAAAUUAACACCGCACACAAUCUCCUUCGAGGCAUUUUGAAAGGAGGCUCUAAAGGAGGUGAAGGGAUGAUAAUCCAGCAUACUGAUAGAAAGAGAAAUUGUUCAGGAACCUCAGAAAAAGAAGCCACUACCGAUGAUAUCUGCAGCUUCGAGGUGCAGCCUCUUCUGAUGAAGCUUCUACUUCGAGUUUACGAGACGAGACUUAAAGAGAUAAAAGAUGUAUAUGGCGUAAAUAUUCUUUGGAAGGAAAAUGCUACUCAAGUACAGAUUUGCCCAGCCACAACAGUUCGUGAUAAGGAAAGUUACCAUAAAGGCAGUGACGAGUUCAUAAAUCUUUACCAGGACUUAUAUCUAAAGAUGCGUCGAGAGGAAAUUGAAUUAGAACUUUCCAGUUGCAAGGAACUUACUACCAUGGAUAUUUGCUCCUUGGAAGCUGAGAAUAAUGUGGUAAUUGAGGUGAAAGAAAACAAGUUGGUCGUCUAUGCGGAGGAAACAAACAUGUCUGUUGCAGUGCAAGCCUUAAAGAAAACCUUUGGACUACUGCCGGGUAACCGUAAGGGUACAAGACGUGGUCAAAGAAAUACAAAGAACGAUACCAGUUUCCCAAAUAGACCCUCAGCACGAGUACUCAGCCAAGAUCUGAUGAAUGGAGUGAAGCUCUCCUUGUACCAAAGUGAUAUCACUGACGAGAGCGCAGAUGCUAUUGUCAAUGCAGCUAAUGAGUGGCUUCAGCAUGGUGGUGGUGUUGCAGCAGCAAUUGUGCGGAAAGGUGGCCACAAAAUACAAGAAGAAUCCGAUGGAUUAAUUGCACAUAGAGGAAGGCGUCCACUAAGUGUAGGCGACGCUGUUCAUACAAGGGCUGGCACCCUUCCUAGCAAGUUUGUAAUUCACACGGUUGGUCCUAGGUGGAAUAGUUUUCCCGAAGAAAGAUGCGUUUCGCUUCUUCACCGAGCGUGCAUUGAAAGUCUCCGCCUUGGAGCACAAUUGGAGCUCUGUUCAAUCGCAUUACCACCCAUUAGCUCUGGUAUUUUUGGCAUGCCAAAAGAUAUCUGCGCUAAAGAGAUGUUUGGCGCAGUGGAGGCAUUCAGUUCAAGCGUUGAAGCCGAAUUCAGCACUCUUCGUGACAUUCGCAUCGUCAUUAUUGACGACGAAACAAUCAACGUCUUUCAUGAGGAGUUUCUGAAACGUUACACUUCUCAAGCGACGACUCCAGCAAAUGCAGUACGUAAUGAGGGAGAGCCACAUAGUUCCUCCAACAUUAGCUUCAAUGUCAAUAAGCUGUCGUUGUUGUCAGGAAAGGGAAGUGAGGUUUCACACGAAGGCCAUUCUAAAGAAACUGACCAGGCUAAAUCUCCACAGGGAGACCAACCAAGCAUGAGCAGCAACGAUCCACCUGGCCAGAUUUCGAAAUCCAUUGAAGAAGAUAGCAAGAGUAAAUUACAUACCCCAAGAGGCAUCGAAACACCAAACAUGGAAAUUCCAACACGUGGCGUUGACAGUGAACAAGGCUCAAAUGCAUCAGAAAGUUCCAAAGAAAUAAGGGGGACCACCACAUCGAAACAAUCCAACGGUAGAGUUCUUGCAAUUUGUUUUCCGGGGAAGCCAAGUGAAGAAGGAGAACCAAAGGCUGAAGCAGGUACCCGAAACAAUGCAUAUGACAUCAACGUCGACAACGUGAAGAUAGUAAGAGAUGUCACUUAUGAUAAUACGAAUGUAUCUUCACCUGGUCUGGCUGUGACGGAAGAAGGCAAACGUUUUGCUGAAAAACAUUCUUCUGAAGCAGUCAGCGAUGAUUCGACCAUCAACCAUCCUCCAUCAACAGACAAAGAAGCAGAUACAGAGGUAAACAAGUCUGAAAACCAAACUUCAGCCCAUGGCAUAGAACGUCAGAAAGAAGAACUACCUGGAGGACGCUCAAACUCGAAUCCAGAGGAAGUCCCUGGUUUUAAUAGCGAGGGUGAACAAAAUCAAAACGAUGAGAAUACGCGUACCCACAGUCCUGAAGAUGAACAACGCGACACAGAAAUGGAUAUGGAAGUUGAUCAAGCAACUUCUGAAGAAAGCGAAAGACACCUCGACAUAACUCAGCAACAAAAUGUAAACAAGAGAAGAAAUCUCAAAGAUGAUGAUAACCUUGCAUCUAGCGGAAACGCUGGUUCAGAUCCGGCACCAAGCUUUGCGCCGAAUGAAAACCCCAAAAUGAUCUCUCAAGACUGCACUACGUGUCUGAAUCAGGACAGAAAUCCUGUUUAUGGAUCUGCAUGUGGUCACUACUUUUGCAAGAACUGUAUCGGCUCCGUUAUUGAGAAGCUGGGUUUUUGUCCACAGUGUAAACAGGAGAAACUGUUUCCAGGGAACCAGCCAGUUGGAUAUAUGACCUGGAGAACUGAGUUACGUAAAUCGCUCCCGGGUUACGAGACAUCUGGAACCAUUGUCGUAACCUUUAAUUUUAACGGAGGAAUUCAAGGUGCAGAGCACCCAAAUCCAGGAGAGCGUUUUGGUGGGUUUUUCUGCACGGCCUACCUUCCGCACACCAUUACCGGAUUAGAAGUGUGUAACCUGUUGAGAAGAGCAUUUAAUGGACGGCUGAUAUUUACCAUCGGAAAAUGUCCUGCUACCGGCGAGGAUAAUAAGAUUGUGUGGAACGGUAUCGAACUGAAAACAGGUCGAACUGGAGGUCCAGCCAAUUACAGUUAUCCAGAUCUUAGCUACCUAGAUCGGGUAAAGAAAGAACUUGCUGACAAGGGCAUAACACCACUGCAUGAAUGAACUUUUACUUUAUUUAGAGGGACAGCAUGGAAAGACGGUCACAUGCUUUCCGUUUUACUCAACUUAAUAUUGAGAUAUUAUUAAAACUCGUACAGAACAAUGUAAAGUAUUAUGUCACGGGUGUAGGGUAAGGAAAAUAAAUUAGGAUUCGAACCUCAUCCCUAUCCGCUUUAGAAGUCGGGUACUCUACAAGCUAAGCAACAGAGAACUUGGCGGUGCACUACAAUGGAUUAGUUGUUGCAGAAACAUUUUGGCUUUUUGUUUACACCAUCGAAACUUGUAUCAAGUUAGGGCUAUAAAAAGAAUUGCACCUGUCAGAAAGAAAGAGGAUUAAAACAAGGAGAAAGAGUUUACGAAUUAUGUAUUUAUACAAAUUUGUACUCGCUUUCGAAGGAGCUAGCCCCAAACUAACUCCGAAAUUAUAUUCAGUAAUGAACUUAUAGUAUGUAGCUGUUCACAUGUUCUUAAUCGUGAUAGUAAUUUCUAAUUUGUGUCAGCUUACAGGGUUUUUGUACUGGUCAUCUUUUUCAAAAGGGACUCAGUAAGUUGGCGCGUGUGAUUUAAAACUCAUAGUUUAAUUGUCAAUAUGUGCGCCUCAGUUACAAUAAUAACUCCUUUGCCAUUUCGUAAGUCAGUUAGUAAAUUUAAAGACUCAUCAACAUAAAGAGCGAAAGCAUGUAUUUUUAAGUUCACUAAGCUUUUUCGCAGACGGUUUUUCUAGUUGGUCCAUUGCCAAUUUUAGUGAACGCGCAAUGGUGGCGAAGCAAGUUUAUCUGGAUAGCGUUUAUUUCUAACCAAAGUAGAGUGUGGUUUAAAAUAAACUGAAUUCAAGGUUGA